CUUGCGUCAGAAAGAUAACUUGUGGACGACACUAACAGAAACGGACGAAUCACAUUUUGGGAUGGGAAUGGGAUGUAUUUCAUAUUUGGACAACUCGUAGCUUAGUGACUGUCUACAGCGCCUGCGGUCACCAUGACAUCCAAAUUACAGUUUAGUUCGUUGGCGUCUGGAUGUUAGACCGCAUUUAGUCAACAGCAGCUGCUGUUUAACAUUUUGACAGAAAAAAAAUACGCACCUGCCCAGCCAAAUACAAGAAAUGCAGAGGAAUUCGCAUCUAGACGAUCUAAUAUCCAAGAUACCAUCCAUUGACUCUGACCUGUCAUCAUCAUCGGACGAUGAAGAAGAGAUAUCUGUCCUUCAGAGACCACCAGGGAUUCACUUUAUGAAAAAGACCAGGAUGAACAUGAACCUGGAGUGUGUUUCACCUAAAGAGCCAGAAGUCAAGCUAUUCACUUCCGGGACUGAUGAUGACCAGAAAGGUGACUCUAAUCCUCAACUUCAUGUGGGUCACAAAACAGAAGGAUCACUGAAUGAAAGAGUGGCACAUACAACAGAAAACAAUGCCCCUUUGCAACAGAAAGCAAACAAGACUGGAUGGAUAGAGACUCCGUUCUGCCCUGUUUUAUCAUUGACACCUCCUGAUACCUGGGAUCUCAAGUCCUUCAGACUUUAAAGCAACACAAACCUCUUAUCGAACCAAUUCAACCCAAUAUACACAAAGGCUAUGACAGCGAAACACAUGAAAAUGAUUUAAUGAAACAGCUGGUUGCUUUUUGUGAGAAGAAAGUAAAUGAGAUGGAAAUAAAGACACAUGUUUCAUCUCCAAAAACCCAUAAUAUACAAGAAUCAUCCCUCAGAUGUACUAGGCGACCGAUGAAGGAUGGAUUACAACUCAAUCUAGACUCUCCCACCAUAUAUAUUGAUUUGCGCGACAACAAAUUUCAAAAAGAGCAAUCAGCUAUUAGCCAGAGUAACAGUGUCGUAAGUCCUCUAAACAUGAAAAAGAAAAUAAGCUCCAUUAAGAGGACAACUAACACAAAGGCAAAAGCAAAUGAUCAGAAAAGAGAAUUUGCUGAGAAGAGUUUAUUACUCCAAAACACCAAACAGUCAAAACAAAGUGUGGUAGAGAUAUCUGGGAGAGAUUUUGCUGAGGCUAGACAGAAACCGCCCUCAGGGAAAAUCAUAAAGGAAAACCAGCUUUGUGAUUUUGAAACUAGAUGCAGUGAACCUGGUAUUCAGCAGGUCAAUACUGCAAAAUGUGACCAACAUAAACGAAAUUCUCAAUCUUCUCACGUUCCAGCUGCUCAAAACAAACAAAGCCAUAAAGUCAGAUGGCAGAAGGAUCUGAAGUUCAUGCAAACAUUCAGACCUCAACGUUCUGCUAAUAACACGGAGGGAGCUGCUGAGAGGACUGAUAUUCUUUAUGACCCUGAAGCAUCCUACCUUCCCACUGUGAACACCCUGCCUGCAGAUCUAGAGAUGAGGGAGUGUUUGCUGUUGACUGUGUCCUUGUCCAGUCUUGGGGUGGUGGCUGGAAGAAUGCAGAGAAAAGCACAGAGAGUGGAUUCAGUCUUCAUCAAAUCACAUGUUUACAAUGCACUCAUGGCAUGGUUCUUGUCUUUGACCGAUCCCAAAAACUGCAACAGAAAGGGUGACACGCUUGAUGCCCCUUUCUGGGUGGCUGGGCUGCAGCAGUUUUAUAAGGAAGACGGCUUGGCUUUGUACAUCUGUGCCAUGUCUCUUGAGGAUGGUCAAACUGGCUGUAGGAAAUCCAUGAUAAAGGAGGUCAAAAAGAACGAGAGCAUGUUUUACAGGCGAGUUUGCAAGUUUUUUGCUCAGACGUCAUUGAAGACUGUUGCAUUCUGGGUACCUCAGCUUAAUCAUUUGCUGGAGGAACAGGCUGUCCACAUGCCCUCAUCUUACCUGGACUGCUUCAUCUCUGUCAACCCAAAUAUAGAGGCCGUUGAAAGGGCCUUUAGUGUGAUCCCAGGAUUCUACUGGCAAACUCUGGAAACCGAAGAUCAAAAAUCUCAAAGGGCAGAAGCCACAAAUUCUCAAGAGUGUCAUACGGAGACAGCACUUGUUCUGAUAGGCAAGGCACUGUUGCUUAACCCACUGGCAAUGCAUCACACACUUGAGCUUAUGUGCAGAUCAAGUCUAGAUGUAUGUGGUAUCCGUUUCCUCUACCCACCCCAAGAGCUACUGAAAAACUUUGCAGUCAGCAACACAGUUAUGCAUAGCGAGGGACAGCCAGUUCUUAUCAUGGCUUUCCGGGGUCCUCACGCUAACUCAGUGUGGCAGGAGAUCACAGGGCCAUCAGACCCCCAGCUGGCAAGGCGGACACAUCCAGCAUCCAUCAACGCCCUUUACCAUCAUAGUCAAGACCAGUCCCUGCUCUACUCACCCCGUCUUGCCAAUCUUGUGCAUCUGGGGCUCUGCUUGUGGUUUGGUGGUAGAAUAGCAAAAAACACCCCAAUCAGGAUUCAGGACUCAGAGAAGAGUGACAGAGGAGAAAGAUCCGACAUUCUUACCUCUUCUCCAGCAACUUUAUGUGCCACUGUUGAAGCGGAUAUAUUUCUUAUUGUGUCUCCUGUGGUUGGACCAUGCUGUUACAGCUAUAUACUAUCUGCUUGUGCAAAGACUGGCUUCAGUCUGUUGGGAGUUCAAAGGACACAGAUAUCCAGGAAACAAGCUCAAUCUUUGGGUCUCACCACCAAGCAGGUUGCAGCGUUCUGUCAUGCUCCCACAGUGUUGCUGGAUGGAGAACAGGUUGAGCUGUCCUCUAAUUGUCUUGUGCUGCUCAUGAGGAGAGAAAGCGCAGUUAGACACUGUUCCAGACUGCCGAUAGGUUGUAUGAAUGAGCUUGCUGCCCAAGGCCUUAUUGGAUCAAUCCGUGCAAGAUUCACAGAUGUUGUUGAUCCACACAUCUGCUUUCACACUGUACCCUACUCUAAAAACCACCACAAUGUUCUGGGUGGGCUCAUGUGGACAGUACCAGAGUAUAGCCACAUGGUCCUGUCCAAACACACGUAUCCCUCUUGGCCAGAUGUAGAGCAGGUGGUGAUUCUCACGUUGACUGGUCAAAACAUCAUGAAGAAUGAAAUGGGAUUUCUUCAUAAAGUUCUCAGGGGAGAUGCAGCAGGGCUAGACGGAUUCGAGUUGCUGGCAUUGAAGUGGGUGUCCAAGCUGUCUAAGUGGCAGGCACAAGAGUUGAGUCCUUUUGAGAUCGGGGAGAGAGAGUGGCAGAGCAGUGUGCAUAGCUUAACAUCCACUCCUGCCCUGGUCCUGGCUCUGAGGAGGGUGAGGGCAUUCAUCACCCUACGUAGACUUUUACCACAAAAUUACCCAGGAAAACUGCAUGUAUUGAUGUCCCCUACUCCCGAGACAGCUUUCAGACAGACCUGCCUCUUCUUCUCUGAGGCAGAAUUGGUCCCUGAUCACAGCAGUCGUCCAUCAUUGAAAUUUCUACCACUUCAUCAUAUUGACACUCCUGGUCUCAGAAGUCAGUCGCUUUACAGUUACAUGACAGUGGGCCCAGAGCCACUUUUGACUCUAGCUCUGUUCAAGCCUGGAGUCUGGAGACACUGCUUUGGUAAAAUUCUCACCAUAAUCAAACAGAAUGGAUAUACUCUAGUGGGCUUACGUGUGCUUCUACUGGACUCAAACAUGGCAAAUGCACUGAUACAUCCGUCGAAGCAACAGGAUCCCACCGAGGAGCUGGAGUUGAAGUACUUGAGAUCCGGCCCCUCGCUGGCUUUGGGUUUACUGGGAGUGAAUGCGGUAAUGAGGCUGUUGGAGCUGAUGGGUCCUGAGGACCCUAUUGAAGCCCGUACUAUAGAUCAGACUCUAUGGAGAGCACAGUAUGGCUCUGACAGACUGCAUAAUGGCAUCUAUGGAUCUCCAUCUUAUCGGAAGGCUGUAGAAGACAUAAAAUUGGUAUUUCCAGAGGGCGUGUGCUGGACUGAAACUUCAGUUAUGCAACACGAGAAGAUAUCCUGCUUACGUUCAGAUCCUGAUGCUAGUUUGGACCGUGAACAGUUUACCACCCUUAGAACCGCUGUCAAGAACACAUUUGAAUCAGGAUUUGGUCAAGGGCCUUUGGUCUGCAGUGCUCUUUGUCAGACCACCUGCUUGUUGAUACCUUCCAACCUCCUGCAACAGAGUCAGCCUCCUCUGUACUCGGAGCUACUACAUCGGCUGCUGAGGACAGGCUGCCACCUGGUGGCUGGAAAGCUCUGCACACCAGAUGAAAAACAAAGGCAGCACAUGUCUGAGUUACUGAGGUCCUCUGCUGGUGGAGCACUUCUACUUGAGGGUCCCUGCCUUAUCAUCGCUUUGCAAGCAGACAAUGCUGUCACAUGCUUUGAUAUUAUUCUUGAGAGUGUUUGUCAGGCGAGACCAGACUUCAGGAGAGUUACCAUGAAACUUCUUUACCCAAACUCUGAAAGUGCGGCAGUGAAAUUGCUGCGUUACCUGUUUGAUGAUCGCAGUCUCGAGUCAGUCUUCACCGCAUAGCACCACAAUAACCAGGAUUUAUUCCAUAAUAUGUACCUAGUGGUGAAUAAUUACAUAAUUAUUUUCUAUAAUCCACAUCCAUUUGAUUUACUGACUUUUUUUUACAUUGUUGAAAGAAAUGAACAGAUUGUUUUAAUCUUACUUGUGCACAAAACACUUAGUGUUCCUAAAUUGCAUAUUAAGUCAAGAGUAGUCAUGUUGUAACCCUUACCACACUAGAACAAAAUAAAGAAGUCAUCAGUCUACUCAGCAACUGAUUCAGAAGGACGUGAGGGGAAUAAGACAAACAACUCGAGCCAGGUUAAAGAUCAAAAAUUAUUUAAUUCCCAUGAUGACAAAAAUAAUUCCAUGAAUUCUGUAAACCAUUGCAUAACUGCUGUAGUGUAGACAAGUGUUAACAAUUUUAAAAUGAUACACUACAAGAGAAAAAUUAUGCAUUAUAAAUAAUACCAUCUUAAGUAAUUCUAGUGAAGAGAAACCUCUCUGGCCUUAUACGGCAUCAAAACAUACAACUAUUCCAUAGAGAAGCCUCCAUAACUUAAACACAUAACUCCCAGGAAAUGUUUUAAGGUCUUGUGUUGACAACAAAUACACAAACAUAUUAUAUUGACAGAAAAUUGUAUAGUAUUUCAACACUAAUUAGAAUAUAAGCUGUUCUAUAUAUUGAUGCAUAAUGUACCAAAAUAAGGGAUAUGUUUCUUCCUCGCAAUAUAAAUGUUGUCCUCAUUUUGACUUUUGAGCUAAUAAAUCUGUGAGUUGCAGUUUCCUUUGAAAAUUGGACAUCUCUCUCUAUUCUACAGUUCUCCUGUAAAA